UUCGGUUCAUAGGAACACUACCUUCUGCGCUAUUUGCUUAUCGGACUAUAAAACAUAAUACAACUCAGCAUGAACCUUUCUAUUUAACUUAUGGACAAGAAGUCAUCUUGCCAGUAGAAUUUCAAGUUGAAACUCAUGUAUUUCAAGAGAAAGGAAAAGAUGAGCAGGAAACUCUAUUGCGAAGAAUAUAUCAAUUAAUAGGAAAGUUACAAGAAGAUCAAGAUUCGACAAAAAUUGCCUCUAUAUAUCAAGGACUUUCAAAAACCUAUUACAAGUGCUGGCCUACAAGACAUAGUAGAAGUUUUUGGCUAUUCCUGGAAAGAUCUAUUUGCAAGAAGAUUAAACACUUCGAGAAUGAAGAUAAGACUAUUUAUCGAUCUUUAGAAUGGUGCUAUCAACUUGAAGUUGGCUCUCGAAAAGGACCUGAAGUAUUUCGAGUAGCUAAAAGGACCUUUGAGCUAUACAAUGCUCAAGAAAUCUGGAAUCUGUACCAAGCAGAAAAGAUAAAUUACAGGGUCUUAGCUCGUAUGUAUGACUCUGAUUUUGAGAUGCUAAAACAAGAAGCUUAUCGUGCUUACUUAGAAGAAGCCAGCAAUUCUACUAUUCUCAACGA